UGGCAGGAGCCGGCUCAGCGGGCGGCAACGGCUGAGGGGCUGGGGCCCCCUGGCGCCGAACGUAAGGCGCCGCCCCCUGCCCGGACCCGGGAUGGCCGGCAUCAUCAAGAAGCAGAUCCUGAAGCACCUGUCCAGGUUUACUAAGAAUCUCUCUCCGGACAAAAUCAACCUGAGCACACUGAAAGGUCAGGGGCAGCUGACCAACCUGGAACUGGAUGAAGAGGUGCUGCAGAAUGUGUUGGAGCUGCCCACCUGGCUAGCGAUCACCCGUGUCUACUGUAACAAGGCUUCCAUCCGGAUCCAGUGGACGAAACUGAAGACGCACCCGAUUUGUCUGUACCUGGAUAAGGUGGAGGUGGAGAUGCGAACCUGUGAAGAGCCUCGGCCACCCAAUGGACAGUCUCCCAUUGCUCUCGCUGCAGGUCAAAGCGAGUAUGGCUUUGCCGAAAAAGUUGUGGAGGGAAUGCUCGUUGUUGUCAAUUCCAUCACCAUCAAGAUUCACUCCAAGGCCUUCCACGCCUCUUUUGAACUGUGGCAGCUCCAAGGAUACAGCGUGAAUCCCAACUGGCAGCAGAGCGACCUACGUUUCACCCGCAUCACUGACGCUCAUAGAGGAGAGGUUCUGACAUUUAAAGAGCUCACCUGGCAGACACUUCGGAUAGAGGCAGAUGCCACUGACAAUGGUGAUCAGGAUCCCACUACCACUCCUCUGAGGCUCAUUACCAAUCAAGGCAGGAUCCAAAUUUCUCUCAAGAGAAGGACCAAAGAUUGCAACGUGGUGGCAUCUAAGCUCAUGUUCCUCCUUGACGACUUGCUCUGGGUGCUGACAGACUCUCAGCUGAAAGCCAUGAUGAAGUAUGCAGAGUCCUUGAGUGAAGCCAUGGAGAAAUCUGCCCAGCAGAGGAAGAGUAUGGCACCAGAACCUGUCCUGACCCCACCACCUGCUCCUAGUGCCCACCAGUCCUGGUCCCAGACAUUUGGAGGCAGUCUGAAUGCACGCAGCAUCAGCCAGUACUUUGAGAAGUAUGACAUGAAAGAGUCCUCCUACCACCUAUUCAUCUCCCGUCUGGACCUGCACAUCUGUGAUGACAGCCACACCCGGGAGUCAGGCUCCUCAAAGCAUGGGGUGAUGGGAGGUGCAAUGCAGCUCACCUUCAGGAGAAUGGCUUUUGACUAUUAUCCCUUCCACUGGACAGGAGACACCUGCAAGCAUUGGGUGAAGUACUGUGAGACCAUGGAGACUCAGGGACAGUGGGCAAAGAAGCUGGUGAAUGAAUUUCAAAGCAAGAUGGAGAAGCACUGUGAAGAAAUGGACGCUGGAUCCACCAAGACUCCAGGGUCUCCCUUCAAAAAGCAACCAGACACUUUGUCCAGUCCUCACAAAAGCCCCCCAAAGAAAGGCUGCCCCCAAACACGUGCACCUCCUGCAAGCUUACCGCAGCUUCGGCACCCUUCAUGGAACCGUCUCCGAUCCAGCUGCGUGGUAGUCCGAGUGGAUGACCUGGACAUUCAUCAGGUUUCCACAGCUGGUCAGCAGAGUAAGAAACCUUCCACCUUGCUUUCCUGCAGCAGGAAAUCCCUUCCAGACCAGGUCUCUGCAAUUCAUAUCGAGUUCACAGAGUAUUACUUCCCAGACAAUCAGGAAUUUCCAGUUCCAUGCCCAAACCUUUACCUGCAGCUGAAUGGCCUGAUGUUUACUCUGGACGCAGAGAGCAUGCUCUGGGCAAAUCUCUUCUUCCUAGAUCUCUAUCGCAGCCUGGAGCAGUUCAAAGCCAUUUACAAGCUGGAGGACUCGGGAAAGCGGGAUGAGCAUGUUGAUGUCCGACUGGAUGGCUUUAGGCUGAAGCUAAGCAUCCCGGUGGAGAAGAAAGUAACUGAUCAUCGGGACCGUCCCAAGGCCCUCUCCAUUCACACCUCGGAGAUGACUGCCACCAACUCACGCUACGACCCUCACUGCAGCUGCUCAGCCCUCCAGAACAUCUUUCGCAGAUUUGCCAAUUCAGAGUUCUUCCACUCCACCUACACCCAGUUCCCAAAGUCUCAGAACAACUUCAGCAUCCUCCACACACUCUUUCUACGCCAUGCAUAUCAGGUGGAAGCCAAAGCCCAGAAAUGUACCGGCUUCGCCCAUUCAACUUGGAGGACCUCUGCUUCUGAAGACCUGUGGUCUGUUUACUUCACCCAGAUCUCCCUGGACUUUGAGGGGGCUGAGAGUUCAAAGGGCAGAGCUCUUAACUUUAUUGACCCUUUCCCCCUCUCCAUUUGGGUUUGCCUUCCCAAGAGAUGGGAGCAAGCUCAGGUGUCCAAGCUGCAGGCCUCUGCUGCCUCAGAAUUGAAAAUCAAGCCUUCUGCUAGCUUUAGUAAUCAUGCCAAAUACCAGGACCGUACCAGACAGCCUGGGCUCUGCCAAAGAUCAAAGACUGAGCAGGACCUGAAAAGCAUUAACAAGGUCCCGGGGGCAAAGGACAUCUUGGGAGAAUGUGACUGUGAUGAUGGCAGAGACGAUGCUCAAGAGAUGGAAGCCUCUGCUGAUAUUCACGUGCUUGCGUACUCGACGGCUCAUGUGAAAAUGCGGCUCAACCACUACCAAUACCUGGUGCUGCUCAGGAUGAAGGAAAUUUUGCAGGCACUGCAGGAGCAGUUGGCCCAAGAUACACAGGAAUUGGCCGGAUCUCCCUUAGAACCCGUGACUGCAUGCAUGGGCAUCAUGUUCAACAGUGCCGAAAUGGCCCUGCUCAUGCAUCCCAUCCCAGGCUCUGGCUCAGAAGCCAGGUCCAUAGACUCUGAUACAACGAGCCUGAUAGAAUCUGAGCUCUCACCCUCAGACAGCAGGGAGGGGCUGGCUACUGAAGAGAAGGAGCUGAAAUCAGAUGCCAGGUCAGAGAAGGAAGUGAGCAGCCCCUCAAAAGUCCUGGAAGACAGCGGGAUUGAAAACACGGAUGUGAGCAUGACCGUGUUGCCAGAGAGACUGCCAGGAUCCUUGAGUGAUGGAGCUCUGGGAGCAGCUGACACAGCAGAUCCACAGAGCAAGAGCAUGGCGGAGAGGGGACCAGUUGAGGAAGCACAUGAAGCCGUAGAAGCCCUGGAUACAGAGAGACUGAGCGAGCCCAGCAGCCACUCUCAAACCCCUCUUGCCCUUUCUUCCAGCCAGUCCUCAGAGGCACCACCAUUAGAGAGUAGAGACAUCCCUCUCAAAGAGCAGGCAGAACUCAUCCCCUUGAAGAACCUAGAUGUAGAAUUAUCAAGCGCACUGCAUAUGACUAAGGAUGCCACUAAGGAAGCCCUGCACGUGACCAUGGACCUCACAAAGGAAGCCAUGUCUAUAACUAAAGACGCUUUCAGUCUGAGCCGGGAGAAGAUGGCUUCUACCAUGCAGAAAAUGCUCUCUCUACCCCCAACCAAGGAGCCUAUGUCUAAAGCUGAAGAGGGGACAGCAACCCCUGUGGGCGGCAGCAGCAGCCGAAUGCAUUUCUUCUCCAUGAAGAGGACUGCAUCCCAGCAUUCCUUUGAUGCCGCCUCCCUAGACGGGAACUGCCCCGAAGACAGGCUGUCUGUGGACAGUGAUGGCAGUGAUGGCUUCGUGAUGCUCAUGGACCCUGAGCAUAGCCUGGAUUCCCUCACCCCGGGACAACUUCUUCAGGACCUUCAUGAUGCAGGCAGCAGAGCAAGCCCAAUGGUAGAAGAUGAGGAUAGAGGGACGCCUGACAUGAACAGCUCAGCUUCUCAGAGUGGAGAAGACCCUAGCCUUCAGCUGGUCUCUGUUCUGGUGCUGAAAAUGAAUGAGGUGAACUGCGGGAUAGAGGCAAAAGGCGAUGAUCUGUCACUUGCUGUACAAGUUAUGGAGGUUACUCUAGAGCAGUUGGGCAAUAUUGGAAUGUGGCAGUAUCUACAAAGCAGUUGUGUGGGGGAUCCAAGCGUAGAGAAGCCCUUAACCACAGAAGCGAAUCAGACUCAGCCAGAAGUGUGCUUACGUCUUGAAAUAGGACCGAGCGCCAUUGUGCACUCACCUCUGGCUAUCCAGAAUGGGUUCCUUCACAUCCUGAUCCACAGCUAUAAUGCAGAGCUCCUGAUGUCCUCCCUCACCAACCUCGGACCUUUCCUCGAGGACGAAGUGGUACCUGAGGUGAUUCCCAUGAAGAUAGAAAUUGUGGAUGCCAAGAUUACACUGAAGGAUGACAGCCCUCGGGUGUACCCUACCUCUCCUGGCACCAUCCCCAUAACCUUGGUGGUGGAACAUAUUGUUGUGAAGCGCAGCGAUGAUGGAGUGUUCUCUGUAAUAGCUGCACAAAAGGAGGGACUAUCUUUACAGAAAAAGCCUGAGCAAGGUCUGAAGGAAAAGAAGGUCCCAGUAAAGAGACUCUUGGCAAUCCCAACAGGAGCAGUACAUGAACUACAGCUAAAGGAAGCCCCAGCAUUGCAGAAGGAGCUGCACGCCAUGAAAAUAGCCCUAGCAGAAGCCAAUCUGGACAUAGCGCGCCUUCUGCAGGAAAUUAGGAAAUACGAUCCCCUCUUCCAGCUUUGA